AACUAUUCGCAUUUUACAUCGGGCAACAUUUUUAGUUGGACUGAUCAUGUUAUAAUAACGUAUUUGUACUAGGAAUAUUAUUAAGGUUUUCAAAAUUAGUUUAUGUCAAUUAGUUUACAUUAUUUUGUGGUAUGGAUGAUCAAAGCUGCCCUCGGUGUAAAACCACAAAGUACAGGAACCCGUCUCUCAAGUUGAUGGUUAAUGUUUGUGGACAUACUUUAUGUGAAAAUUGUGUAGACCUGCUAUUUGUGAGAGGCUCAGGUAACUGCCCUGAUUGCAACACCCCACUGCGUAAGAACAACUUCAGAGUCCAGCUGUUUGAGGACCCUACUGUGGACAAAGAAGUAGAGAUUAGGAAGAAGGUGCUGAAAAUGUAUAACAAAAGAGAAGAAGACUUUACUAGUCUUGUAGAAUACAAUGACUAUCUGGAAGAGGUGGAAGAAAUUGUCUAUAACUUGACAUAUAAUGUAGACUUGGAGAGCACAAAAAGAAAAAUGGAGCAGUAUCAAAAAGAUAACAAAGAUGUUAUUCAGAAGAACAAAGUUAAACUGACGCGAGAGCAAGCAGACUUGGAAGAAGCUUUGGAAGAGGAACGUCUGGAAAAUGAGCAAAGAAGACUGCUGAUACUGAGGGAAGAAAAAAUGCACCAGCUGGCAAAAAAGAGAAAUAAGCAGGCACUCUUAGAUGACUUGGAAACUUCACAUCAGCCUGCAUAUCAGCUUUUGGCUCUGCACAAAGAUCGAGCUGUUCAACUGGAAACAAAAUUAGAGAUGCCAAAACUAAUAAAGCCAUCCACCUUUUCUACAGGCAUAAAAAUGGGUCAGCAGAUUUCACUUCAGCCAGCUGCAAAGAUUGAAGAAGCACUUUAUGACUACUGUCCUUUGCAGAUAAACAUCUAUGGGCCACCUGUUCCAGCGAUACGAACAUUGGGAAGGCUUGGGUAUUUAAACCAUGUAAGAGCUGCCUCUCCACAAGAUCUAGCUGGUGGCUAUACUUCCUCACUUGCAUGUCAUCGGGCCCUUCAGGAUGCCUUUAGUGGACUUUUUUGGAAAACAAGCUAGCCCACAUUAUGAAUUUCCUGCUUGCAAAACAAGAAUCGAUUUUGGUAGUUGUGAGAAGCAUGCAACACAUCUAUGCUAAUCACAUUUGUUUUGGAGUUAUACAACUGAAACAUCUUAAAAUAAAUGGCAUACCAGUUAUCAUGGAAGGUUUCUCCCAAGUGGCGUGGUCUUUUAUUUGUUAAUUAAAUAAAACUCUAGAUUGUGCUCCUUGAGAAAAUGUUUGUUUACUUGCAACUUAAAGUGAAUAUUUUGGUAGAAAUAUUUCCUUUUCAAUAAAGGCAACUUCUGAGGUUUA